CUGCCAGAGUGACUCGUCCAGAGUUCGAGGGGGAAUCACGCUCCUCCUCGUCGCGUGCUGUAAACUCCUCAAACGAGCUCGUCCCGGAACUCGAUUCCCAUCGAGAAAUCUGCUACAACUUCCAGCGCCGACGACGGCCACGCGUCGGUCGCCCCGUCAGCUUCCGAACCUUGGAUCUCUUUCUAGCUCCAAUCUCUGACAGUAACCCGUAACCUUGGCAGAGGCGCCGCACAAUUAACAGCUCGAGAGGAGAUUCACUCGAACGGGACUCGGGGUUUGUUCUGGGGUUUUAGGUCACAACGUGUAGUGUACGCGCGGGCCCGUUUCUUCGGCCCCGACACCGACUCCGCUGGCAAGUCUUUCGAGUCGAGUUCGAUUUUCACGUCCCAUUGCGUCGUAAUCUUGAAAGUGGUGCGUGCUUCUUUCUUGGUGGAUACGAUUGCAGAUGCUGCGGGAUCUCCGUUCGUGGGCAUUGCUGUGGUAGCAGGGAUUGUCGACAGGGAAAUUUGACUCGAUUCGAGAUUAGCUGAGCUCUGGUGACAGGUGGAGAGGAGUGUCGGAUGACGGGUGAGGAAAUGCUGUCUUUUUUGAACUUUGUGAAAUGGAAGGUUUGGUGGAGGUGUAGGACACGGUCAAGGGCGGAGGCUAUGGGAAGUCGAUAGUUUUUUGAGAAGUUGCCACAAAGAUUUUAAUGUGGUGGGAGAUGCUAGACUCAGCGUCUUGGAAAUCCUAGCUUUUCCAAGAGAAAAGUUGUUCCUCGACACCAUAACUGCGGUGGGCGUUGAAGAGGGUAACCCGGAACUGCUGCCAACUUCGGGACAAGCGCCAAGAUGGCUCGAAAUGAGGAGAAAGCGCAGUCUAUGCUCAACAGGUUUCUGCAAUCCAAGAACGAGGAGAAGAAGAAACCCAAAGAGCGUCGCCCUUUUCUGGCCUCGGAGUGUAGGGACUUGGCAGAGGCAGACAGAUGGAGACAACAGAUUGUGCGGGAGAUUGGUCGGAAGGUUAUGGAUGUUCAAAAUCCUGGGCUCGGAGAGCACCGCUUAAGAGAUUUGAACGAUGAGAUCAACAAGCUCAUCAGAGAGAAAGGGCAUUGGGAGGCGAGGAUUCUGGAGCUUGGAGGACCGAAUUACUCGAAAACUGGUCCGAAAGCUACAGAUGAGGAGGGGAAGGAGGUCGAUGCAGCCAGCGGUAAAGGGUUAGGCUAUCGAUAUUUUGGAGCUGCCAAGCAGCUGCCGGGAGUGAAGGAGCUAUUUGACAAGCCUCCUGAGUUGAGAAAGAGGAGGUCCCGAUAUGAGAUGUACAAACGAAUUGAUGCCGAUUAUUAUGGAUACAGAGAUGACGAGGACGGCUUGCUAGAAAAACUAGAGAAGGACGCAGAGAAGGAGAUCAGGGCGAGGGCCAUCGAGGAUUGGCAGAGGGUAGAAGCCGUAAAAAAUGAGGCUCGGAAGGGAGUAAAAAGUGGUGAGGUCGUAACGUCGAAACCUCUUUUUGAAGAGGACGAGGAGGAUAUUAUAGACGACGAUGAUGUCCAGGUAGAGAAGGAACGGCCCGCCCAACGGGAAUUUGUUGCCCAUGUCCCAUUGCCCGAUGAGAAAGAAAUCGAGAAAAUGGUCCUUCAGAAGAAGAAGCAGGAAUUGCUGGACAAGUACACGAGUGAUACCCUCAUGGAGGAGGAGCAAGAAGCGAAAGACAUGCUCAACAUUCACAGGUGAUGAACACACUAUCCAGAACCAAAGGUUUCAGCUGUCACACGUGGAGACUGCCGGAAGGAGAAUUACCGAUGAGGUCCUGAGGUGCAGUAUGUUUCGAUUUCGCUACUCAGCCUCACAAGACGUCAUUAAUUGUAUGAUACGAUUUUCAAGAAGUGCGAUAUAUUUGUAUAUAUCGUGUCAAUACCUGU